AUGCCCUCGUCCCACUCAGCCACAUCCACCUCGUUCGCAAAAAUGGAAAACGGAGGCUACGGCCAGAGGUCGUCGGGCUUCAGUUUCGGCCGCAUUGUUGGCGACCCCUUCGCCCUCGCCACAAUCUCCAUUGGCAUCCUCGCCUGGAUCAUCUCUUUUGUCAGCUCCAUAAUAUCGGCCAUUCAUGGCGGCUUUCCAAACUUCGCAUGGUGGACUCUGGUCUUCAUGUUCUUCUGCAUUGUCGGCGUCACCGUCACAGUCGCCUCGGAUGCUGAGCGGACUUACCAUGUCGCCAUUGUCGGUUUCCUUGCUGCUGGCCUUGUAUUCACCACCUCGUCUGUCAACUCGCUCGUUUACUCGCCCGUUACCCCCUUCGAGGCUGCUGCCGCCGGCUAUAUUCUGCUCUCCAUGAUCGCGAUUGUCUGGAUCUUCUACUACGGAUCGCAACCACAAGCCAGCCACCGCGCCUUUGUCGACUCGUACGCCCUUAACAAGGAGCACCCAGGCUCUCGCUCGUCCCGACCAAUUUCCAAUGGCUACACGAACCGCCCUGAAACCCAGAGCGCCGCCCCCCAAAUGUACACAUCCGCCCAACUCAACGGCUUCGAGACCUCCUCUCCCGUGUCCGGCUACCCCGGAGGCCCCACUGGCGCAAACGCCCGCAACUCGUCCGCCCCACCCUUCGGCGGUAUCCCCUCCCAGGCACAAAACGACGAGGCUCAGCAAGAAGCUACCAUCGAGUACCCCUACCGCGCCAAGGCCAUCUACAGCUACGAGGCCAACCCAGACGAUGCCAACGAGAUCAGCUUCCAGAAGCACGACAUCCUCGAAGUAUCCGACGUCAGCGGACGGUGGUGGCAGGCCAAGAAGCCAAAUGGCGAGACCGGUAUCGCGCCCAGCAACUACCUCAUCUUGCUAUAA